GCAAUUUUUUUGUCCUCUAGUUUGCUUUAAAACCUUUUGGUUAUAUACGCUAUGUAUGUUGCAUGAAAAAGACAAUGUUGGUUUGCUAAACAGAAUUUGGAAUCAGUUGGUCUGCAAACGUGGUGGCGAGCACACAUCAGAGACUAUUGAAUCGUAUAGCCUAUCCAAUUAAGUUUUAUCGUUAUGAAUUUUGGUCAAGAUUCCAUGUCGUCUUAUUUGAAUGGACGUUGCCUCAUGUUUUGGAGGCUUUUUCGAUUCAACCACACCUUGACCCAAUACCUGAUCAUGUUUGGGAGUUUGGGACUACUCUUUUGUUUCUAUUAUUGUGGGGGACAUCAACAGUUAAUAGAAUCAGCAAAAUGCCGAUGCCAAAAAGUAAAUGCCCGUGAUAAUUGGACCAUUCAUAAGUCUGGUGCUCCGCACCAGCAAAUAUUAGAUACAAAGAAAACUAGUCCUACUACAACAACAGAAGAUUCAUCGACAUUAUCGUUUAAAUCAACUUGCAGUGCUGCCGCCGAUCACAGAGGCCCACACCAAAAUUUCAUCGGCUAUUCCAUGUACGGCAGCAAUUUCUCAGAUCCAACAUUUUACAACUCGUACCUGAAAUGGUUUGGCGAAACUCUCCGGACAAUCCCAAUCAAAUAUCCAGGGUGGUUGGUGAGAAUUUAUCACGAGCUGAAGAGCGACAAUGUCAAAAGUUGGCAAGUGCUCAACAACGUCCUCGAUUCGGGAACCAAGAGCAGUCGUGACCACAUUGAUCUCUGCAAUGCGAUCCAAGUCAUCAGGAAUCGAGUGCUGGGAAACAUUUUUGAGAUGACUUGGCGUUGGUUACCUUUAUUGGAUGACAUGGUGGACACUUUGAUGUCGAGGGACUCGGACAGUGUCAUAAUUACUCGUGAACAAGAUGCCGUGGCUGAGUGGCUGGCCAGCAACAAAACCUUUCACAUUAUGAGAGACCAUCCGUAUCAUAACUUGUUUUUCCUUGGAGGUGGGUCUUCACACUUUCUUGGCUUCACAUCAUUAGAUUCAUCGACAUUAUCGUUUAAAUCAACUUGCAGUGCUGCCGCCGAUCACAGAGGCCCACACCAAAAUUUCAUCGGCUAUUCCAUGUACGGCAGCAAUUUCUCAGAUCCAACAUUUUACAACUCGUACCUGAAAUGGUUUGGCGAAACUCUCCGGACAAUCCCAAUCAAAUAUCCAGGGUGGUUGGUGAGAAUUUAUCACGAGCUGAAGAGCGACAAUGUCAAAAGUUGGCAAGUGCUCAACAACGUCCUCGAUUCGGGAACCAAGAGCAGUCGUGACCACAUUGAUCUCUGCAAUGCGAUCCAAGUCAUCAGGAAUCGAGUGCUGGGAAACAUUUUUGAGAUGACUUGGCGUUGGUUACCUUUAUUGGAUGACAUGGUGGACACUUUGAUGUCGAGGGACUCGGACAGUGUCAUAAUUACUCGUGAACAAGAUGCCGUGGCUGAGUGGCUGGCCAGCAACAAAACCUUUCACAUUAUGAGAGACCAUCCGUAUCAUAACUUGUUUUUCCUUGGAGGUCUCUGGGGAACCAAAAUCAGCCAAGAACGCGCUGCAAUUUUGUCUACGGCAGAAAAGAUGUUCCACAAAAAUCACUUGCACAAAAAAGGAUACGACCAAGAAUUGCUGAUUAAUUACUUUCAACCGAUGGCUGUCAAAAGCAUGGUUGCACACGACAGCUACCACUGUGGAAAAUUCUGGGGCAGUCAGCCGUUCCCGAAUCCGAGACAAAACGGUUGGUUUGUCGGCUCGUCGCAGUACAAAUUGCAAACUAUUAAUAUUUCGUGCCCUGAAAAUUGUCAACCGCACAACUUGACCGGGGCAUUAAAAUUAGCCGAUUGGAGAUUGUGCUCAGGAAUUUUUUUAAUAUGUUCCGUUUGA